AAAUAUUAAUCAUGGCAAAGCAAAGACAAAAGAGAAAGAGCAGCAAGAAGCGUCUUAAUCCACUUGAAAGAAAGAGAAUUGAGGCUGGAAUGAAAGAAGCCACCUCAAAGAUAACAGCACUUUCUUCAGAUCAAGUAGCACCCGUUGUAUCAAAAUUGACAUGCGACGAUGCGACUGAACGUGCCUGGGCUGCUGCCUGUGUAUCCAACCUAAUCAUUUCAGAUGCUUCGACUCGUAAAAUUUUGUUGUCAAAAGGAAUUGUACCUUUACUGAUCGAGCGUCUUGGGGAUGAUCAACAGGAAGUAAGAGACGAAGCCCUCGGAGCACUGAGAAAUCUUGCUUCUGUUGAUCACACUGUCGCCAACGAAUAUUAUAAUCGCAACAUUAUGCAGCCUUUGUCUACACUCCUUCCACAGAUUUCACAAACUAUUGACGACAUGAUUAAAGGAACGCCUAUCCAGGAUGAUCAGGACGCUGAUAGAAGAAGAUCCAUAUGGGAUGUAGCAGAGAACUUUAUCUAUGUUGUCUGGAGUAUUUGUGAAGCAUCGGAUAAAUACAUUACAGCCGUCAACAGAAUGAACAUUGUCACCUUUUUAUCGUCCUUUUUGACAUCUUCUGCACAUUGUCCAACACGUGUUGUUAUUGCUGCUGGACAAUGCUUGAAUACGUUGACGGAUGACAAUAAGGAUAUUUAUAUCGAAUUCCAAAAUCAUCCAGAAUAUACAAACACUCUAUUGAACCUUAUUAACGACUCGAGUAACACGCUUGUUCAAGUGCUGGCAUGUGCUAUUCUGUUAAAUGUUAGGGAAGUUGUUAAUAUAUCCAGUACAUGGGAUGAAGACAAUGAUACACUUGGUGAAUUGAAUAAAGUAAUCGUGCCUGUUCUGACAAAGGCAUUGCAUUAUGAUACUCAAGAAGCAGCUAAUAAAGUGAUUGAAGCUAUUCAGAGUGGGAAAGUUAGAAAAGACAGUGAUACCAUAGACGUGAUUACACCUAAGCCAAAGCAACCUUUAACAAGUGAAGAGGUGUAUGUACAGCAUGUAGAGGAUCAAUUGUCAAUUGUUCAAUUGGCUCUUGAGUUACUGGCAGAUAUCUGUGUGCAAGAUGACUCUGAAGAAGAUGGAUAUCAAGACAUGGAUGAGGUAAUGGAAGGUCAGGAAGAAGAAGAUGAGCAAGAUGAACAAGACGACGAACAAGCGCAAGAGGAUCCAGUGACAAUAGAAGAAGUCCGAUCAAACCCUGUGUUACGGGCUUAUAUGACAGAGGUAUUUCCCCAGUUGAUCCGCCUGUCUGGUGCAACCCCCAUAUCAUACGAACAAACCUCAUUGGUCCCUCAUAUUACACACGGAUUCAUACUCACUCAUCAGCGUGCCUUGGAGUGUCUGAAUAAUUUCUUAUUAGCUAUGAAUGAGAUUCCAUCAAAAUAUUGGUUUAAAGAGCAUAAAUCAGAUGCUAUUCAACUGUGGCGAUGGCUAUUCAAUAUGGCUAAUGAGAUUAGUAUAUACAAACCAAACGAUUGGCUGAAUUUAGUUGAAAUUAUUAUUGGAUGCUUAUGGGCCCUUGGAAGAGGUCUGGGUCAAGAUAUACCCCUGAAUAGAUCUGAUGUGGAUGCGCUCUGUGGUACUUUUGAAUCCAUGCCGCCAGAUUCAUCCAUGAGAGUUAGGAUCGUAGGCUGUUUAGGACCCAUUGCCAUGCGCCAGGGUGAUAUUGAAAUGAAUAAGACGAUUGGCUUAUUCAUCAUGAAAUUAAUACAAUCCAAACGAAAAGAACCUUCGGUAGUAGUUGAAGCAUUGAAUUUUAUGUUUGAUGUCUACAGCGAUUGUGCAUUUGACUAUGAUUUUCCUGUCUUUAUUGAAUGUGGUUUUUUGAAUGGUCUAAAACAAGUAUUACCCAGUGUUCGCUCUAUGGUAAAAUCAAUUGAUAAAAGAAAGAAUUUUGAUCUUCGAUUAAGAGGAGAUGAGGCUUUGGAUAAUUUGAUUGCAUUUAUCAAAUACAAAAAGUCAGAGAGAUCUUAGUAAUAACAAUAAAAAAAGGGUUCAUUCAAAAAGGGUUUUUCUUAAGGGUUGCUUGUGUUUCUUGUGGUUGUACGUGGGAAACUUUUGACACUCUGAAACUGCACCAAUUUUAUUUUCUUUUUAGGGAAAUAUGU